CUACAAAGUUUUCAAGAGACUUGAGCAAAGAUGGAGACUUUUUGAACUCAAAUACCAAGGCAAGAAAAAAAGAAAUUAUUAGUUCUUCUGAAGAAGAAACGUCUAAGCCAAGAGCAGCAUCUAAUAAACAAAACUAUAAUAAUUUUGCUCGCACUCCAUUUGAGCAACUUAAUUCAAAUAAUUCUGCUCGCGCUUCAUUUGAGCAACUUAAUUCAAAUAAUUCUGCUCGCGCUCCAUUUGAGCAACUUAAUUCAGAUAAUUCUGCUCACGCUCUAUAUGCCACACCAACUAAUAAUUUAACAUGUCCAUAUCAACAAAAUCAAGAUCUAGCUUAUAAUUAUAU